GGGAAGGGCAAUGUCGUAAUAAAAGCAUAAUAUGUAUAUAAAUAUCAUCCCUGGGGAAGUGUUCCACGCAAAUUAGAGAUAGGUCCGAAUUUGGCGCAAGGUUCUUCUGCUGAUUUUUCCAAAGAGCCGCCGCUGAUGGAAGCAGAGGAUCUUCUAAAACUCUACGAUUCUUGCUGGUUUGAGGUCGAAAUCUUGAAGGAGAUCCCUAAUUCAAUAAAAUCAACAAGUUCUGAAGAAAAUCCAGAAGAUCAAAUUGAAGAAAAACAAAUCCCAGAUUCACCAAGACCGAAGCUUUCUCGCAUCGAAACCAUCCACACCAGGUCCAUGAGCGACUCCUUAACGAGCUUCAAGUUCGGUUCUUUUUCCCCAGACACCGUUCUUCUUGCUCCUUCGAAGCUUCAAACCAUUCUAUCUGGAAAAGAAGCCACAGACAGAGACCCAGAAAUUGAACCCCCAAAACAGAUGACUCUCCAUGUUGAAGAUCUGCCUAGCAAGAAGAAGAGAGAUAUUAGAAGAAGGAUGAACAAGAAGGAAAGAAAGAGCCUGUCUGAUCUUGAGUUUGAGGAACUAAAAGGGUUUAUGGAUCUGGGGUUUUCUCUGAAAAAGAUGAUUCGAACUUGGCUGGGUUUUGUUUUCUCUGAAAAAGAUAAAGAUUCGAACUUGGCUUCUAUAAUUCCUGGGUUACAGAGAUUGGGGAAGAAAGAUGCUGACGAAGAAGACGAAGGAGAAGAAGAACAAGAAAGACAUUCUGAUGACUCAGAAAUCUCAAGACCUUAUCUCUCAGAAGCAUGGGAGUUUCAGGAAAGAAGAAGAAAGAAAGAGAAUAAUCAAAAUCGGAAUCCUUUUCUGAUGAACUGGAGAGUCCCUUCUAGCAACAAUGAAAUCGAUGUGAAAGAUAGUCUAAAAUUGUGGGCUCAUAAUGUUGCUUCUACUGUUAGAUGAUAAAUCUCAAGUUCCCGAUUUGUAAUUUUUAAGAUAAUGUAAUAUACUGUUCCUGCUUGUUAAUUAACUUUAUUGUAAUAUUUACUACACAAAAAUUCGUAAAUUAUAAUUGUAAUAUAAGAGGAAACGAAUUUUCGUUUUCAUUCAGAU